AUGGAUGUCGACGUGUUUCAGCUCCAACUGUGGGAAUGGGACGACGAGUUUCUAACAGCCAAUGAGGGCAGAGAAUUUAAAAAUGCUGACUGCUGGUUGGACGAUAUGCUAGAUGACCUUUAUCCUUAUGUAGACUUCUCGUCCAAUGAGAGCUCGCCUUCCACGGGAGGUCUCGACUCGCCAGCAAAUGGGAGUAUAGAUUGCAAUCAACUACUUAGAAACACAUGCAAUAAUGAAAUGAUUGUACAUGAGAAGAGUAUGAGUUGUGAAAGGAGAUGGAGUUGGUUGUUGGAGUUAUUUUGUCGAGUGAAUCUCUGGGCUGUGUGGAUGAUUGUGUGGAUUGAUCGGUUCGGGUCUUUUACCAUUGACGUUCAAAUAAACGUUUGA